AAUAACCUUUAUUGUGUGGAGAUAAAGAGAUGUAGCCAUGACAUUGGAAGCUAAACAGACAAUGUGUUAGCGUUAGAUAUUUUCGAGGCGAGAAAUAGGGCAUCAAAUCAAAUGGCGGAAUCAAAUGAACUAGCUUCCAAAAUAUGCAAUGCGAUAAGCUCCGUCUUCUCCGCCACCACAAAAGCAAAAGCCCCACCAUUAGACCUCCUAGUCCAAGAAAUCUCCGAUGCUGCUAGCCGUAACGGCCGAGUAUUCGUAUACGGGGUAGGCCGUGAAGGAUUAAUGCUUAAAGCCCUUUCCAUGAGGCUAUUCCAUCUAGGUAUAUCAUCCCACUGCGUCUUCGACAUGAACACUCCUCCUAUUGCUCCCAUCGAUCUCCUUAUCACCUCCGCUGGUCCAGGUGGUUUCUCCACCGUCGAUGCCAUCUCCGGUGUGGCCAAAUCUAACGGUGCUCGUGUGCUGUUGCUGACGGCUCAGCCUGAUUCGGUUAAGAUGUGCGCGAGUGUUGUUGCACAUAUUCCAGCUCAGACUAUGGCGGAUGAUGAUGACAAGGAAGGGGCGACUGCGUUGCUUCCAAUGGGGAGUUUGUAUGAAGGAGCUAUGUUUGUCCUGUUUGAGAUGGUUGUUUACAAGUUGGCUCAAGUUUUGAAGCAGAGUCCUCAAACUGUCAGAGCACGCCAUACCAAUCUGGAGUAGAUGUACGAUCAGGGAAGAUUGUUGCGACCGGAAGUGUGUUUAUUGAGAAGAAGUUUGCGAGGAAUUGUGGUAAAGCUGGACAUAUUGAGGAUAUUGUGGUUGAUUCAAGUGCUCGUGGGAUGCAAUUAGGUAAGAGAAUUGUCGAGUAUCUUGCUGAUCAUGCUCAUUCGAUGGGGUGUUAUAAGGUAAUUCUUGAUUGCUCUGAAGAGAAUAGACCUUUUUACGAGAAAUGUGGAUUUAAGAAGAAAGAAAUUCAGAUGGUUUAAGUAUUUCGUUUGAUGAAUAGUUGUUGGCGAGUAUCCCAUGGAGUUAGACGAGGUGUGCGCAAGUUGUCCCAGACACCACGAUUGUCAAAAAAAAUAAAUUUGUUAGUUGCUUUACUAAGCUUUUUGGCAUUAAUUUUGUUAGAUUGGUUUAACAAGUUUGGUUGUCAUUGUUCACUAGAUUAUCUGUUUUACUUGUAUGCCUUGUGGCGACACCAAUGCCAAUUUUUCUGCAAUGAGCAUGAACAUGUUAUUUCUCUGA